AUGUUUCUUGUGUCACAACAGUAUCAAUUUAUGCCUCGUCUAGGGAUUCGACAACGUCACCGAGAUCAGUGUUGGACUGGGGCCACUCAGACCCAACAGUCUUCGUUGCAGGCCUCUUCGCCCGGAUCCGUGGGCUAUCUUGGAGAGGAGAGCCUGUACCCAAUCCCCAGCAUUCCCCGGUAUGUUGACGACACCAUCGCCGAAACGGCAGAGUUUUAUGAGAAACUCCUCGAAGGAACAGAUGUAACAGAGGUUCCGCCACCAAUGUUGGUUAGUGCAAUGGCCGACAACUACUUCGACCACGUCUAUCCCUUAGAGCCUAUCAUCGACCGUUGUGACCUAUCGCGUCAUGGAUCCUCUCCGCUGUUGGUCCUGGCCAUAUGUAUGAGCGGUACAUCUUUUGGUCACUUACGAGGCUCAACGAAACAAAUCAUGGCGUCCAACAAGUACUACCUAAAAGUGAAAACAUUGGUCAACAUAGACUACGAGAAGAAUAGCGUCAUAGUCUUGAAAGCACUGUGCAUGUUGGGCUGUCGAGGGGCGAAAAUACCAACUCAGAUUAGCAUGGAUAGCGCCUGGCACUGGAUGGGAGUUUCCGUUCGGUAUGCUAUCCACAUGGGAUUGCACAAGGAAGCCACUUAUCAUGGUAAAGAGACGGGUGGCACCUGUCGAAGAAUGUGGUGGCACCUUUUCGUACGUUUUCAGUCGACAGCCCGUCGUCCUCGCCCUUCCAAACUGACUAAUAUUUUGCUGCAGAAUCAGGACAAGUUGUUAUUUUUUUGCUAUGGACGGCCCUCAUCGAUCAAUAUGCAGGACACCGACGUGCGGCUCCCAACAAUGGACGACUUUCCCGUCAGCCAUCCCGACAACAACAUUUUCAUUCAGAAGUCAAAACUUUGCAUGAUCCUCGGCCGACUUGCACAAAUGCGACAAAAUCCCAGUACUAGCUAUAGCGAUCUAGCGGUCCUCGGGGAGUCUUUUGAAGAAUGGUGUGGCGAUUUGCCUGAGGAACUCAAACUUCGUGAAGAAUACAAUCCCCAACCACAUCGGCGGAUCGUUUCGGAAUUGCACAUUUUAUACCAUGCCUCCUACAUAAUCUACCUACAGGCUCUCACCAAACUUGAUACAGAGGUCCAUUCGACAAGGGCAGCUUUCGAACAGUGCGUUCGACGAUCAUCGCGGAUGACACGACUGUUUGAAGCAAUUCUUUAUCGGAACGAGGUCGCAUACAUACGCCCCAUUAACAACUGGUUUUGCCUGGUAGCAGGGUUGAUACAAAUUCGAGCUCUCGCCACGUUUACAGAAGACCGGGCACUGUACAAUGACGAGCUGACCAUCAUAAAAACCGUACUACAAGACAUGAUCCCUUCCUCGGCAAGUGCAGCCUUGGUCCUCAGAAAUCUUCAACACUGUGAGACCUCGGUCGAAACCGUGUCCAAGCCAGCCCGGAGUACUUCGAAUCAUACUGCCACCAACGAUCCGCUGAAUCUCUCAAUGGAUGACCAUCGAGAAGGAGGAAUAGACCCACUGUUUCCUUCGCAAGGCCAUUCAGAUAUGAACCUGCAGCCUGAUCUUGCUCCAAGGCUUCCGAAUAUGGGCCCCAAUGGCAUUGAUGACUAUUUCCUGGUUGACAGCUUUGACAUGGCCUUUAGCAACCUGCAAUCUAGCCCAGGCAUGCUUGAAGACUGGUCUUUAUCGUAG